AAAAAAACGUAAAGAAGAAGUUCAACCCAUAAUGCCUAAUAUGGUCAAACGUGAAGAAGAAAUUCUUAUGUCAUUAUCAAUGGAUCAAAAUCAACAACGAUUAUUUGAAUAUACGUCACCUACUUAUGAGCAUCAAGGACCUCCAGUACCUGAUAGAGCUGAUCUUGAACAACUUGGAUACUUAGAUCAUGUUCGACAAGAAAAAGCAGUUGAACGUGCUGGUGGUUAUACAAGAGAAUAUCCAUGUUUACGUGCAGUUCAAGAAGCAUUUGAUAUGUUAUUAUUUGUAAAAGAAAAUCCUAUAAAUACUGUAAAAAAAGAAUCCAAAGAUGAAAACGAACCUAUGGAAACUUAG